UCAAACAGCUCCAUUCCAUCGACAUCAGCUUUGCGUCGGUACCAAAGCUUGUAGUACGCGUAUUUCGAUCUUUUAUCCAUCAGUCGUGCGCCCGCCGCAACACGCGACACGACUCGCGCGCUUUUCCUCGUGCUUACGAGGAGCUUUGGUGCGCGUAAACUACGCUUACUUACACAUUUGACUUUUUUUUUUUUUUCAAUCAAUUGUGCAUCAGGAUACGACUUUUUUUAAUCAUCAAAGGACCUCUUUCGCACACUGGAUCCACAUCGUUUAGCUACUUUGUGAUUACGGUUUUGUUAUGCCUUGAGGACAUUUUCUGAGACGACGUUGAAAGACGUACAGCUUGGGCGUAAAUCUAAGACGUGACAUAACAAGAGAGAGAAAGAAAAACAGGGGAAGUUGAAGAAAAAAAUUUUCCCUAACAAAAACUGACAAGAAAGAGGAAGAAAUUAAAAAAAAAGGAUGGCAGAAAGCUCGAGGGAUCCAGAGCUUGCGGAAGCUGAAAAUAUUGAUGACGUUCGUGCAGCAUUAAAUCUCAUGUGUGCAUCAACAACUCCCAAGCCAAAAUCACUUCCAGAGAGAGGAUCAUGGAGCACCAAACUAGACUUUAUUCUCAGUGUUGUGGGUUUAGCCAUUGGACUUGGAAAUGUGUGGCGAUUUCCUUAUUUAUGUUACAAAAAUGGCGGUGGAGCUUUUUUGAUUCCUUAUUUUUUAACCCUUUUUCUUGCUGGUAUUCCAAUGUUUUUCAUGGAACUUGCAUUGGGUCAAAUGUUAACAAUUGGAGGUCUUGGAGUUUUUAAAAUUGCUCCAAUAUUUAAGGGUAUUGGAUAUGCUGCAGCAGUGAUGUCAUGUUGGAUGAAUGUCUAUUACAUUGUUAUUCUUGCCUGGGCCAUUUUUUAUUUCUUUACUUCAAUGAGAAGUGUUCUACCAUGGGCAUCAUGUGACAAUGCUUGGAAUACCAACUUCUGUGUUAAUCCUUACAACAGAAGCUCUCUCCACUGCUGGGAUCAAUGGACAAAGGCUAACAAAGUAGUCAAAAUGUGUACAGUCAACCAAAUGAACAUAUCAGUCUCUGAAUUGACCGAUCCAGUUAAGGAGUUUUGGGAACGACGAGCUUUACAAAUUAGUGAUGGUAUCGAAUCUAUUGGGGGCAUUCGAUGGGAAUUGGCAGGCACAUUAUUGCUCGUUUGGAUUAUGUGUUAUUUUUGUAUUUGGAAAGGUGUUAAAUGGACUGGAAAAGUUGUAUAUUUCACGGCACUUUUUCCCUACGUACUUCUGACAGUUCUAUUGAUUCGUGGUAUUACAUUGCCUGGUGCUUUAGAAGGCAUCAAAUUUUAUGUCAGCCCUAAUCUUUCAAAGCUGAAAGAGUCUGAGGUAUGGAUCGAUGCAGUAACCCAGAUAUUCUUCUCUUAUGGACUCGGUCUUGGUACACUUGUUGCUCUUGGAAGCUAUAACAAAUUUACAAACAAUGUAUACAAAGAUGCUUUGAUUGUUUGUACCGUGAACUCAUCUACAAGUAUGUUCGCGGGUUUCGUCAUCUUCUCAGUGGUUGGAUUUAUGGCUCACGAGCAGCAAAAACCUGUAGCUGAAGUAGCUGCAUCAGGUCCAGGGUUAGCAUUUUUAGCGUAUCCUUCAGCGGUACUGCAACUUCCAGGUGCUCCACUUUGGUCCUGUUUGUUCUUCUUUAUGCUACUGCUCAUUGGUUUGGACUCACAGUUUUGCACUAUGGAAGGUUUCAUCACUGCCAUGGUGGACGAAUGGCCUCAGCUACUUCGCAGACGCAAGGAAAUAUUCAUCGCAUUUGUAUGCAUGAUUUCCUACUUAGUUGGAUUAUCCUGCAUAUCUCAAGGUGGAAUGUAUGUCUUCCAAAUCCUAGACUCUUAUGCAGUUUCUGGUUUCUGCUUGCUCUUCCUCAUAUUCUUCGAGUGUAUCGCUAUUAGUUGGGCAUUUGGAGUCAACCGAUUCUAUGAUGCUAUCAAAGACAUGAUUGGUUACUAUCCACUUGGAUGGUGGAAAUUCUGCUGGGUUUUUGCCACCCCAGUUAUUUGUAUCGGUGUCUUCUUCUUCAAUUUGAUCCAGUGGACGCCGAUCAAAUACCUAGAUUAUGAGUAUCCUUGGUGGUCCCAUGUGUUCGGUUGGUUUACGGCGCUAUCAUCUAUGUUAUGUAUUCCUGGGUAUAUGAUUUAUAUUUGGAUGAGGACACCAGGUGAUACUAGCACGAAAAUGAAAUUACUCGUCAGAAUAGAAGAUGAUGUACCAAGUUUACGAGUGAAAAUGGGUCUACCACCAGUUGAAUUAUCGCCACUAUAAUAAAAAUUUAUUUUAAAAGCCUUACUGGCAUCUUAUCAAGUCGUUUGUUCAUGUGCAGUGAUGCACCAAAAAUUCAUUUAAAAUA